CCUAAACUAACCUCACUAAUCUAUUUCUUUUCCAUGAUCUUCUCUUCCACCAUGCAACCCUCACUUCACUUCUUUACCCCCAAACAUCAAUCUCUCCUUCAAACCCAAUCCCAAUUAUUUACAUGCAAGUUUAUCGUCAAUCCCGCCAAGAAAACCGUUCCUCGAAAUCCGUUACCAUUGCUAUCACCGCCGGCGCAGUCACGAUCAUCUCCGCAUCCCGAGGUUGUUGAACCUAUGGUCCAACGAGAACGUAGUAAUGUCUUGGUUCCACAACACCCGAACUAUCCGGUUCAUUUAAACCGGUUUCAAAAGCUAGCGGCGGUGGCUUUGGACAAAAUUGAGACCUCCGUGAUCAUGCGACUUGAAAAAAAUCAUGUGUUGCCUAAAAUGGUUGACCCGGCGGUUCAAAUUUCAGGGAACUUUGCACCGGUUGAAGAGUGUCCGGUCCAUCACGGGUUGGAAGUGGUCGGUCCGAUUCCAGCUUGCUUACGCGGCGUAUACGUCCGAAACGGUGCAAACCCUAUGUUUGCACCCUCAGGUGGGCACCAUUUGUUUGACGGUGAUGGGAUGAUCCAUGCCGUUAGCUUGGGGCUUGGAAAUAAAGCUAGUUAUAGUUGCAGGUAUACUCGAACCAGCCGAUUGGUUCAAGAAGCCCGGUUCGGUCGGUGCAUGUUCCCCAAACCAAUUGGUGAGCUGCAUGGACACUUGGGUUUAGCUAGACUCGGUCUGUACAUGGCUCGAGCCUGUUUAGGCUUAGUUGACGGUUCACACGGCACGGGUGUAGCAAAUGCAGGGCUUGUUUAUUUCAAUGGUAGACUGUUAGCCAUGUCCGAAGAUGAUCUUCCUUAUCACGUUAAAAUCACCGGCGACGCCGAUCUUGAGACGAUUGGACGGUUCAACUUCAAUGAUCAAAUCGAUUGCCCGUUGAUCGCUCACCCAAAACUAGACCCAGUCACAGGUGAUUUGCACACCCUGAAUUACAACGUUCUAAAGAAACCUUACUUGAAAUACUUCAGGUUCGAUAAAUUUGGAAGGAAGUCACGUGACUUGCGGGUGGACAUCGACCAGGCAACAAUGAUUCACGACUUUGCCAUAACCGAGAAUUUCGUAGUAAUCCCGGAUCACCAAAUGGUAUUCAAGUUAUCCGAAAUGAUUCAGGGCGGAUCACCCGUUGUAUACAACAAAAACAAGACAUCCCGAUUCGGUGUCUUGCAACAAAACGAUGUUGUCGGGUCGGGGAUCCAAUGGAUCAACGUACGGAAUUGCUUCUGUUUCCAUUUAUGGAAUGCAUGGGAAGAAAUAUCCGACACCGGUGAUAAAAUCAUAGUAGUAAUCGGGUCCUGCAUGAACCCGCCCGAUUCCAUUUUCAACGAAUCAAAAGACACGUUCCGAAGUGAACUAUCCGAAUUCCGAAUGAACUUAAGAACAAGACAGUCAACACAAAGGGUAAUUGUACCAGGAAUGAACCUGGAAGCGGGUCAAGUGAACGGACAAUACCUGGGUCAAAAGACCCGGUUCGUGUAUUUGGCAAUAGCGGAUCCAUGGCCAAAGUGUUCGGGCAUAGCAAAAGUAGAUUUGCAGACAGGUAAAGUCACCAAGUUCAUGUACGGAACAUGGCGUUAUGGGGGUGAACCAUUUUUUGUGCCCGAAAAAAAACAAACGUGUAACAGAAACGGUAAUGAAGAUGAAGGAUAUAUAAUGGGAUUCGUGAGAGAUGAGAAGAAGGAAAUGUCGGAGAUGGUGAUAGUGCAAGGUUCGAGCAUGGAACAAGUGGCUGCUAUAAGUUUGCCUAGUAGGGUUCCUUAUGGGUUCCAUGGCACCUUUAUUAGUCAAGAAGAGCUACGUCGUCAAGUCAUCUGAAAAUAUAUAUACCUUUCCUUUGGCUUGUUCUAUUUCUGUAUUAUGCGUAUUGCAUAGUCAAAAUAUAGAAGCUCGUAGGGUUUUCUUCUUAGUUUCUAUUUAUAUAUAAUAUGCGUUGGAAAAUAAGUUACUCCAAAACAAAUUUGUUAGCAUGACUGGAAAAUAUAUAAGAAAUUAAGAAAUUAAAAAUUUAUUUUUUGGUGGUAAA